CGGUCUGUCUCUUUAACCAGCGGAUUCUGUCACCCCGUGGUCCCUCCCAUUCGCUCAACCUCUCCAGUGCUACUGGUCUGAGAUGGGAAUGCAGCAGCAUCUCGGACUGAGACGCGGGAUGAGUGUGUGGAGAAACAUUCGAGACGCCACGAUGCCGUUUAACCGCUUUGGAUAUAACAUUUCAAAAUAAAACCCAGGCAUUUGCCGCCGCCUGAAAGCGUCCCGACAGGAGCCGAUGCUGUCGCCUUUCUUGUCCCUCUGCUUUUUUAUGCGCUUUUCUCCAGAGCUGCUGGUUACAAAGGCGCUCGCUCCGGAGGGAUUUACACACAGAUGAUACGACAGGAGUGAAUGGAAUAACUACCGCAUUAAGGAAGAAAAAAACAGAACACAACCGAGGAUGCUUUGAGUAAAACCGAGCAGGAUUGAAGGAUUUCUCCCGAGGAAACGGACCACUCGUGUCCUCCACUGAAGGCUGUCAUUGUUCGGAAGAUUUUUUUUAAACCAAAUUUGCUCUGAAAGUAGCUUUUUGAAAUAAUGCACGAGGAGGAGGAAGUGGAUAGUGGCUUUUUGUCCCCUUUCCCGUCUCGUGCAGUCUCCGCGGCUCCUGGUCCGAGUGGGAUGUUCUGCUGCGGCUGCGCAGUCCACGACAAGUGUCUGCAGUCGGCCCGCGCGCUCCUCACAAGCCUCCUGUAAACCGUCGAUAAACUCGACGUGUUCGUCGCCUCGUGAUUCAUUGGGGGUCAAAGUGAACACCUGACGUCACCUUUUAACUCCUCUUCAGGGUAGGACACUGAAAAUUGAAGGCACACUAUGGUGGAACCUGUAGGGUUCAUUGAGGCAUGGAAGGCCCAGUUCCCAGAGUCGGAGCCCCCAAAGAUGGAGCUGAGGUCGGUGGGGGGCAUUGAGCAGGAGUUGGAAAAGUGCAAAGCCUCCAUCAGACGGCUGGAGCAGGAAGUGAAUAAGGAGCGUUUCCGCAUGAUCUACCUGCAGACCCUUUUGGCCAAAGAGAGGAAGAGCUACGACAAACAGCGUUGGGGAUUCAGGAAGACCCCACUGAAUGAAGGGGUGGACCCUGAAGCAACACAGGGGGCAGAAUCUCAGUCCCAGCAACCUCAUGUCCAAGAGACGGGGGGUGUUGGAGGGUAUGCUAGUGUGAGUGUUGGGGAUAGGAGUCGUUUUCAGCCUCUUGGAGACGGAAGGUCCAAGCCCAGACCACCACCAGCCAGGAAAUCGGCGUCUCACGGAGACGGCCUGGAGGCGGCCUUUGACAUCCCACCACAGGCUGAAUCCACGUCCUGCGAACACCUUGACGGCCUCUCGCCGUCCAAGCAGAGAGUAUCAAUGUCACCACGCAGGCCCACCUUACCACCCCCAGAUAAAGACUUGCCCUCUGACCCGAAGGACAAGCUCGGGAUGGGACUUGGCGUGGCAGCUCUUCGGUCCAACUUUGAGAGGAUCAAACGGGCCAACUCUCACUCUGCCGGGGAUGUCUCCAAGGGUCAGGAGAAGCACCUGCCACCACCACCGCCGCCACCACCAUUUUACACCAACAUGGAGUUCCACCACGAGAGGGGUUUGGUUCGGGUCAAUGACCGGGAGGUGUCUGAGAAGAUCAGCUCCCUGGGCAGUCAGGCUAUGCAAAUAGAGCGGAAGAGAUCCCUACACUCGCUUCCUGGUAAUUUGGCCACAGUGGCAGGUGACCUUAGACCCAGACCGGUGUACAGAGGACGAUCCACUGAGAGCACAUGUGGGUACGACGCAGAAUAUGAAGAUGGAGAACCCAAUCAGCGACAUUCCGGAAGGGCCAACGGUGGUAAACCUCCACCUCCUUGGCAGCCCUCAGACUUUCAGGCCUACUCUAGUGUGUAUGUCGGAGGGGUAAUGAUGGGUGAAGGUGGUAGUGGUGACGGAAGAGGGGGUGGUGGGGUCACAAUGAGAGACCAUGGGGGAGGGGACGACCACCUCCUGACCUGGCCGCGCCGCUCCUACUCUCCAGGAAGCUUUGAGGACGCAGGAGGAGGUGGUGGCUACACGCCGGAUUGCAGCUCCAACGAGAACCUGACGUCCAGUGAGGAGGACUUCUCCUCCGGCCAGUCCAGCCACAUCUCACCCAGCCCCACCACGGCCUUCCGGCGCCCCUUGAGGGAGAAGAGCCGCUCUCCGUCCCAGAAUUCCCAGAACUCUCAGCACUCCUUUGACAGCAGCAGCCCGCCGACGCCACAGUCACAGAAACGUCACCACCGGCAGCAUGGAGGACAUGUCGUCAUGUCUGAGGCCACCAUUGUAAGCGUUCGCAAGACUGGUCAAAUAUGGCCACCUGCUGCUCAUCAUGACCUCAUGACUCACGGGAGAACAUCCCAUGACAACAGUUUCCAUGGAGAUCACCUCGAUGGUCAUUACACCGGCACCCCUCCGCCGUACGGCUACGAUGCAGACCGAGCAGAAGAGCAGCGGAGGCACCACGACAUCCUGCCGUUCAUCGACGACUCGCCCUCCUCCUCUCCCCACCUCAGCUCCAAGAGCCGCAGCAGCAGGGACACGCUCUCCUCCGGAUCUCUGGAGUCCUCCAAGUCGACCGAGUGUGACUUGGAAAAAGGCUUGGAGAUGAGGAAGUGGGUCCUGUCGGGAAUCCUGGCCACAGAAGAAACAUACCUCAGUCACCUGGAGGCUUUACUGCUGCCUAUGAAGCCUCUGAAGGCCGCUGCUACCACGUCCCAACCUGUUCUCACUGUGGCCCAGAUAGAAACCAUCUUCUUCAAAGUGCCUGAGCUGUACGAGAUCCACAAGGACUUCUACGACGCGCUUUUGCCCCGCGUCCAGCAGUGGAGCCACCACCAGAGAGUCGGGGACCUCUUCCAGAAACUAGCUAGCCAAUUAGGAGUUUACCGGGCAUUUCUGGACAACUACGAGCUGGCUGUAGAGACGGCGGAGAAGUGCUGCCAAGCCAAUGCACAGUUUGCUGAAAUUUCUGAGAAUCUGAAAGUAAGGAGUCCGAAGGACUGUAAAGAGACGGCCAAGACUUCUUUAGAAGCUUUAUUAUACAAACCUGUGGACAGAGUGACUCGCAGCACAUUAGUCUUACAUGAUUUGCUCAAACACACCCCGACCAGUCAUCCGGACCACCCCCUCCUGCUGGACGCCCUGAGGAUCUCCCAGAACUUUCUGUCCAGCAUCAACGAGGAGACGACCCCCAGGCGCCAGUCUAUGACCGUCAAGAAGGGAGAGAACCGUCAGCUCCUGAAGGACAGCUUCAUGGUGGAGCUGGUUGAAGGAGCCAGGAAGCUUCGGCACGUCUUCCUCUUUACGGACUUGCUGCUCUGCGCCAAGCUGAAAAAACAGAUUGGAGGUAAAAACCAGCAAUACGACAGCAAGUGGUACAUCCCCCUGACUGAGCUGACCUUCCAGAAUCCCGAGGAGACGGAUCCGCUUACAAUCCCCCAAGUCCCCGACGAGGAGCUGGACGGCAUUAAGGUCAAGAUCUCACACCUCCGCAGUGAGAUACAGAAAGAGAAGAGAGCCAACAAGGGUUCGAAAGUCAUCGACCGCCUCCGGAAGAAACUGUGUGAGCAGGAGUCUCUGCUCCUGCUGAUGUCCCCCAGCAUGCCCCUCAGACUCUACAACAAGAAUAACGGAAAGAGCUACAGCUUCCUCAUUUCAUCUGAUUAUGAGCGUGCAGAGUGGAAGGAGAUCAUCAAAGAGCAGCACAAGAAGUGUCUAAAAACCACCUCCCUGACUUCCAUGGAGUUGCAGAUGCUGACCAGCUCUUGCCUCAAACUGCAAACUGUUCACCACAUUCCACUUAGUAUAAACAAAGAUGAGGAUGAAUCCUCCGGUCUCUAUGGAUUCCUGAAUGUUAUCGUCCACUCUGCCUCCGGCCUCAAACAGAGUCUGAAUCUCUACUGCACAUUGGAGGUGGACUCCUUUGGUUUCUUCUCGAAUAAAGCUAAGACAAGAGUGUAUCGGUACACCACUGAACCAAAAUGGAAUGAGGAGUUUGAGAUCGAGCUGGAGGGCUCUCAGACCCUGAGGCUCCUCUGCUAUGAGAAGUGUUACAACAAGACCAAGCAGAACAAAGAGGACGGAGACGGCACAGACCGCAUCAUGGGGAAGGGACAGAUCCCGCUGGAGCCUCAGACUCUCCAAGGCAAAGACUGGCAGAGAACAGUCAUUCCUAUGAAUGGGAUUGAGGUCAAACUUUCCAUGAAGUUCACCAGCAGAGAGUUCAGCCUAAAGAGGACUCCUUCCAGGAAGCCCAUGGGGGUGUUUGGUGUAAAGAUCUCCUCGGUGACCAAGCGAGAGCGCUCCAAGGUGCCCUACAUAGUUCGGCAGUGCUUGGAGGAGAUAGAGCGGAGGGGAAUGGAGGAGGUGGGAAUAUACCGCGUCUCCGGAGUGGCCACUGACAUUCAGGCUCUGAAGACUGCCUUCGACACCAAUAACAAAGACGUAUCGGUGAUGAUGAGUGAGAUGGACGUGAACGCCAUUGCGGGGACCCUGAAGCUGUACUUCAGAGAGCUGCCCGAGCCCCUCUUCACCGAUGAGCUCUAUCCUAACUUCACAGGCGGAAUCACCCUCUCGGACAGCGUCGCCAAGGAGAGCUGUAUGCUAAACCUGCUGCUGUCGCUGCCAGAACCCAACCUCGUCACCUUCCUCUUCCUCCUGGAUCACUUGAAGAGGGUGGCAGAAAAGGAAGGAGUCAAUAAGAUGUCUCUCCACAACUUGGCGACGGUGUUUGGGCCGACGUUGCUGCGGCCCGCCGAGAAGGACAGCAAGAUCCCCACUAACCCCACGCAGCCCAUCAGCAUGGGCGACAGCUGGUCCCAGGAAGUCAUGGCACAGGUCCAGGUGUUGCUGUACUUCCUCCAGCUGGAGACCAUCCCCACCCCAGACAGCAAACGGCAGAGCAUCCUCUUCUCCACCGAAGUAUAGAGCUAAACCGGACUCUCUCCUCAAAACUCUCAGUAGGGGGGUGGACACUGGCUCAAAGUGAGCCUUCUGUAGUGUAUUUUGGAACUGACCCGUUGUAUUCUGCAUCGCUCCUUCAGAUAACUGAGCACAAGAGGGCGCCACUGAGCCUCACGAGGACUUCAAGUCAACGCCAUUUGUUCAAAACUUGAUUUAGUGUCAUUUCUCAGACCGUUUUUUCCUGACACAUGUCCUAUCAGCUAUGAAAGCUGAAGAAGUUGAAUUUAGCAGAAAAUCAUUACAUCAUUUUUUUUGACAAUCUUUCAACUUUCAUCUUUUCCCUUCAUUUCUGUGUCCUGAAAAACACAGGAAGGCCAGAAACCUCGUGAAGUGUUUACAGCGUAAACAAACCCGCACGACAAAAGUAUCUUAGAAAUAUAAAGAGCUCCAGUGCUCUUUGUUUUAUUUGCAACCAGAGGAGGAAAUUCCCUUCUGUUUGUGUUGUUUUCAUCACCAGGUAGUUUUCAGCUUAAAUACGCAGGAAGCAAUAUAUUUUCUAACAUAGAAACUGUUUGUGACAGAAUGUGCAUCGUGUGGUAACAAAAGACGUCUUACUUACCAAACUGAAUCGGGUUUUUGUCUCUUAAAAAAGGGACAAAUACAGAAAAAGUUCCUGUAAAUAACCUUUUUUAAGUCAUAAGUUGCUGUUAUUUUAACUUAUUUGAAGUCUGGUUUUCUAUGGGAACUUUCCUUCUUAGCUUUGAAUUAAGGUAAAAAAAGAACAUCUGCUCGCCCAUUCAUGUUUCUCUGAAGGUAACGCUCUCCUCCUCCUCAUUGUUUGCUGCUGUAGAAAAGGCACAAGCUCUUUAACUGCUGGGAGAUCCUCAGCCGCCUGUCUGUCUGGUGUAGACUUUAUGCAAGGUCCUGAUAUAGCACAUCUGAACCAAUUUGGGUCUCCUUUUUUUUUGUACGAUUUCAUUUCGGGCUCCGGAGGCGCAAUUUCACAACUACUGUAUGAAAAUUCAAGUGGCCUAAGCACCCUGCAUUAAUGUCCAAUGAAGAGCAAAUCUGAAGGCAUUUUUCCUUUACGUGUUUCACAAAUAAGUUGAUCAUUUUCUGACUCUAAGUCAUGCUUUUACUCAAAUUUUCUUUGCCACUGGUUAACAUGCAGGCAUGUUUUAUGUAGUUUUUUUUUUUAUUUUGUUUAACAUUCCAGAGGAUUUUAUUUUUCUGGCUAGUGUAACCAUGCAGGCUGUGAUUUACACCCGUCAGACGCGACAUGAAGUCCAUUCGCUUUAGAUCGCUGCUUUAUGUCUCUGACUGGAUUAGUAUACAAAAAAAAACUAAUAACGACGAUACACAUUUUCAUUUAAAACGACACAGAUCCUCAAUUGCUUUUAGAUCUUUGGGGCUCUGGAUCUUUCUCCAACGCUAAAUCUCAUAGAAAAAUAUGUGUCGGAAAAUGAAUUGCUUCCAUUUGCUUACUUUGUUUUAAGGCAAAAAGUUUUUAGUUUUGGAGUUAAUGAGCAUAAGAAUUAGGUUGGAAGCAAUGAUGCAUUUACAUGCAUCCUGUGGUUUUUAUUAUGAAUCAAACAAAGUUUUUAUUUUAAUACUUUUGUCUGAUUUUGCUUUUCUACUAUGACUUAGUCACUUCAUCUGAACGAAAACUUCUCCCAGCCCUUCUUUCAAACAUCCUACUCUGCCGUCACAAGUCCUGCUCCACCCUAUUGUGCCUCAACACUCAAGUGUUUGGAGUCAGUCAAAACUCUCACAGUGUAAACCUUCUUUCCCCGUUGCCUUUGUUGAAGCGCCCGCGUGUCUCUGACAGGCUAAGACAGGACCUUACUUUGAAGCAUGGUCUUAGCUCCAUCGGUGGAGAAGCCUUUGGAGCAUUUAUUCCUCUAUCACUGCUAGAAACAGGCAUUUCUAUCCGCCUGAGAGGCCAACCGAAUCCUAAGAGAAGACCAUGCAUGUUAAAAAAAUGUUGCUUUCUAUGGAGCCCUGGACAUGACAAUAUAAAAAAACUAAUUACUAGCCUUUUGUGUACACAAAUUAGUAUUUUGUAUGCAAAAAUUUACACUUUGUGCACACUAAUUAGCAUUUUGUUUGCACAAAUUAGUUUCAAUGCAUAAAUUAGCAAUGUGUGUGAGCAUAUUAGCUUUUUUGUGGGCACAACUUAGCAUUUUGUUCACACUAAUUAGCAUUUUGGUUGCAAGAAUUAGCAUUUUGUGCACACAAAUUGGUAUUUGCGCCCACAAAUUAGCAUUUUUAUGGAUUAAUUGGAAAUGUUUGUGUUUGUACACGCGUCAGCUUUUUUUUUUGCAUACAUUAACAAUGUGUGCACAGAUGACCAUUUUUGUAUGCACAAUUAAGCAUUUUUCGGACUCAAAUUAUCAUUUUGUUUGGACAAUUCCAUAUUUUGUGUGCACAUAUUUGCUUUUUUAUGCAUACAUUAGAAAAGUGUGUGAACAAGUUAACAUUUUUGUGCAUAUUAAUCAGCAUUUUGUGCACAUUAAUUAGCAUUUUAUGAGCAGGAAUUAAUAUUUUGUACUCACAAAUUAGCAUUUUAAUGCGCAAUGUGUGCACAAAUGAGCAAUUUUAUGUUUACAAAUAAGCAUUUUGUGUGGAAAAAUUUGCCAUCUUGUGUUCACAAAUUUGCAUUUUGUGAGCACAAAUAAGCAUUUCAAUCAAUCAAUAUGCUUUAUUUAUGUGUACAAAUGUGUCUUUUGUGAGCACAAAUUAGUAUUUUAGGAAGUAGGAACUGAUGAUGCUAAAAUACUAAUUUGUGGCCCAAAAUGUUUUAAUUUCUGCUCACUAAAUACUUUUGAAAUGUAAGUUUUUGGCCAAAACUAUAUAAUUGUGUAGCAGAAAUACUCAAUGGUAGCGAAAAAUUAACAAUUUGAAGGAACAAUUUGUAAUGAUUUUGAAUAUCAUCUCGGCUCCGUAGCCUCCCUAAUAUAAAUUGUAUAUUUUAUGUUUUAUACGAAACAAAUUGUGAGAACACUGUCUAUUAGCAGUAAUGGAAACAUAACAAGAUGUUAAAUUUAUUAUUAUUUAUCCGAUUGUAAACUUCAGUCCUACUUCUUUAUUAGCAUUGUAAUAAUAUUGCCGUGCCCUGGUCAGAUUUUUCUUACUGUUUUACUAAUGAACGUUUUAAAAUGAACUAGUCAAGUAGUAAGCUUAAAAAUACACAAACAGAUUUAAUGCUAUUUGGUUUUCUUAAUAUAUUUUGACAAUUAUCAAUACAAUUUGAUCAUCACUAGUGCAAAAAAGUCUUCUCAGUGAUAUUGAAUAAAUGCUCCAAGGGCUUUAAAUGAGUGUUUUACCUGACUGUGAUGCUGGUUGACUGAAGCUGUGUUGAAGUUAACAGACACAGCUUUGUCUCUUCUAUUGCCUUCUGCUUUUUUUUUCUUUCUAUUUUUAUUAUUUUUUUAUUUAUACGUCUCCCCACUUUAGCAUAGGACAGUCUUCUGGGUGUUUUUUUUUAUUUAUAGCUAAAUUCUGUCUAAUAUCAAAAUGCAAUUUGUUUUUAUUUUGUGCACUUUGUUAAGAAGAAUCUGAAUCUGUCUGUGGUGCUUGAUUUGGAGAAGGAUUUCGUUUCAGAUUUAGCUUGUGUCAUCGGCAAACUGGACUUUCUGAUUGUUUACCUUAACGGAUUUAGACGAAACUGCUCCUAUUUUUUUUCAUGGGUUUGUAUACUAUGUAUUAUAAUAGACCAAACAUAAUUAGCUUUCUCUUUAAUUUAUUGUGGUGUUCACUGGUUUAUGCUCUUUGAGGUUCCAGCUGGUUCACCGUUAGUCUCUUUGGAAAUUUGAAGUGUAAGUCUGUGGUAGAGGAGAGAGGAGCCUUCCGCGGCUCCAAACCGUUUCGUUGAUUGUCGCUGUAUCUGCAUGUCCACUCAUAACCUCCAACCGAGCCAAAAAGGUUAGACUUCCGGUGGACUCACACCAAGAUACGGUGCAUCUUGCUUUUCUAGGAAAGUUGUAAAUCUUCUGCAUUUAUUGUACAUGACCCGGUAUUUAUCACCACAUUUCCAUAUUAUAGGUAAUUCAUUCAAAUGGCCGUCCGCUGCCAUUUCUUGAACAAGAACUGGGACUUCUCUAGGGAAUAUUGUAGGUUGUUUUAUUAGUCAUGCCUACAUGUAAAGGUUGAGGAGAAGUCCCGACGACCAACCACAAAUGCUCUCUUUUUAGUCCUCAAUUUUUGACUCUUCUACUUGUUAAAUAUUCUGUGUCCUGCUUGUAGAACUGUAAAAAGUCAAGUAUUCUGAGGUCAAACAUGUUUGGGAAGCAUUUGCAGCCUAUGUUUGCACACAAAAACAAUGUCAAAUAAAAUCUCCUGUAUGAACAUAAA